GGAGCUCGACUCCAUCCAAAGUGUCCCGGGACUCAGAGCUGUGCCUCUCCCUCUGCCCUCAGCUUCCUAAAGGAUUUAGUUUCUCAGGGAUGGCCGCAUCUGUUCUGGAGCUAGGGAAUGCAAUUGAAGACGCACGCUAUGGCUCCAGUCCUCUGGCUAUGUUAACUGCUGCCUGUAACAAGUUCGGUAGCACCAGCCCCAUCAGGGAUUCAGCUACACCCGGCAAAACCGGCAGCUCUCCAGUAAAGAAGCAGUACACCAUGACGUCUGACCUUCAGACAUCCAAGAACGGGCGGGCGUCGGACGGCAGUGGGCUGACGGACUCCUACACCGGCUCUUUCACCACCGCUGGAGGAGGCGGUGGGCUGCUGAGUCCCACUGGAAGCCCUCCUCCUUCCGCCGGGGGGUAUGCCUCAGAGUACAACCCUUUCUCCCACUCCUUCCAGACCUCGGUGUCCCAGGACCCGUCUCUUUUAGUGUCCAAGACCCACGCUACCCCGGCUGACUGUCUCACCAGUGUCUACACUUCACUGGAUAUGACGCACCCGUACGGCUCCUGGUACAAGGCUGGAAUCCACCCCGGCAUAACGGCUGCUCCAGCCAACGCCACGUCCUCCUGGUGGGACGUCCACCCCAACUCCAACUGGCUGUCAGCGACGCAGCCCCAAGCUGACGGGGGUCUCCAGGCCUCACUUCAGCCUGUAGCCCCGCAGGCAUCCCUGAGCCCUCAGCUCCCAAGUUACACGUCCGACUUUACGCCACUCAACCCAGCCCAGUACACCUCUGUCGGACUGGGCUCGUCCUCCCACCUCCUCCAAACGUCCCAGCACAUGUUGCCCCAGGACAUGUACAAGCCCAAACCUGUGUCAAGUGCGGGGCUAAUUGAGAAUUCAAUGGGCCUAAAGCCUGCUAGGGGGUCGGGAGGCUAUAGCGGAGGGGCUACACCCAGUAGGUCUUCGUGUGACUGCCCAAACUGCCAGGAGCUGGAGAGGCUGGGCGCCUCCGCCGCCUCCCUGAGGAAAAAGCCCGUGCACAGCUGCCACAUCCCAGGCUGCGGGAAAGUCUACGGCAAGGCAUCCCACCUGAAAGCCCACCUGCGCUGGCACACUGGCGAGAGGCCCUUCGUGUGCAACUGGCUGUUCUGCGGGAAGCGCUUCACCCGCUCCGACGAGCUGGAGAGGCACGUGCGCACCCACACGCGGGAAAAGAAGUUCACCUGCCUGCUGUGCAACAAGCGCUUCACCCGCAGCGACCACCUCUCGAAGCAUCAGAAGACCCACGCGGACUCCGCAAUGCAGGGCAAAACUGUAGCCGCGGAGGGGGACACGGACCCUCGGACUGAAGACGCUCCCGAGCUCAACUCCGGCGCCAUAGCAGCCAAUCCUGUCGCCGAACAAAUCGCCAACGGAGAUGAGAAGACGACCGCGCCCAAUGGAGUGGAGAACAGCAGUGGAUUGUUGGAGAUCUGACUGCCUUAAGUUUCUCCUCCAGCAUUAUUUUUUCUCACAUUUCUGGGGCUUUUUAAAUGAAUAAAAAAAAAAAAAACAACUUUCAAAUAAAACUGAAGAGAGAAAAUAUUUAAGAGAACAUUUGGACUUAAAACGAUAAGUGACUGAGCAUGUAGCAGCCACAAGCAAGUACGAGAAAGACGUACAAGCAUGCUACCAUACAGCCAAAAUUGUAUGCAGACACAGCGCCAAAUACACACAACCAAAAACCUUGAUGUAUAUCAGCACAAAUAUUACAUCCACACGUGCACCAUUUGCAUGCAAAAUAAUAACUAUGAGCAAAUGCACAAGCAUAUAUAAUGCAUUCAUGUAUGCAUGGGCAACCACAAGAAGUAUGCCUGCUCAGACCCAUGUAGGAGUAAACAUUCUCAUGUGGACAUUUAGCAGUCUGCACACAUUUUCUGCCUUUUAAAUGAGACAAACCACUGGGGAUAUGUAAUCUGCAAAAGCAGAAGGAAAAGAGCUCCGAGGCUGCACAAGGAAAGCGGUUUUAGAACAAGACUUAUGGUCGGGAUGACGGAGUCGAUGAAGCAUUGCAUGCCUGGAGUGAAGAAGAAAAAAAAUCUGAUUUACAGCUGCACUCUGAUACUUAUUCAAUAUUCCUGAAAUAGACAAUCUCACUUAGAGCUACUUGUUGUCAGAGACACCGUGAUAAAGGUGCUGCAUUGUUUUUGCUGUUUGCUUCGUACUUUGUCUAAUUUAAUUUCAUAUUUACAUUAAUAAUCUAAUUUAUGUUUUAAAUUAUACAACACAGGGGAGUAUCUUACAUGUUGUGGGAAAUAUUAUACCUAAAGGGAAAUUAAUGGUUGAAGCUGGCCAAGAAGGAGAUAUAUGGUGCAUUAAAUUAAGACCUUUUUUUUUUCUUAUUUAUUAGUUAUGAGUUGCAAUUUAGGAAGUAUGUUAUUAAAGUUUUAUUUAUAGAUCUUGAAUCUUAUGUGUGCAUUACCUAAUUCUGUAACAUUUUUCAUUGUGACUUCUUCCACACCAUGCAAAGCAAUGAAUAAAACGGGCUUCCUAGAUUGUUUGAACAUACUAUAUGUAAUAAUAACAAUAUAUAGAUUUUGUUAGGUGUGAUAUUUUUCUACUUUUUUAUGCCUUUUCUCUUUUUUUCCCCCUCAUGAAAAGAUAUCUAUUUUACUGCAGCUGACAAAAAAGUGUCUUCUUAUUUUGGUCCACGCAGUAGCUAUUAGUCUUUGCUGGCAUGUUGUGAAUUGUGUUUAAAAGAGUCUGUAAAUAGUGUUAAAGCAGAAAACCUCAGAAAUGUACACAUGUUGUUGGAUUCAUGGAGCAGAAUCAUGAAUUUACGGUGCUUUUGAGAGAAGACAAACUGAAAUGAAAUUCUUUUUUUUUUUUUUUGCUGGUUUUAUUUUCUUUGCAAAAGCAUUCUGACUUGAUUGAAAAUAAACGAAUAAUUAAAAACC